AUGACUAGAUCAACGUUAUUAGUUUCCAUAUUAUUCACAUUUAACAUAACUCAGUUCAUGAAUGUUAUAUUAAACAUCGGUAACUCCAGUGAGAUCGCCAAUAUUAUGUACAUGAUGUUGGCUGUGUUCGUGGCAUCCUAUAAAAUGAUUAUCAUAUGGCUAAGUAACGAAAAUGUUACCGAAAUAAUCACCGCUCUCACGGAAAAGCCCUUCGCGCCUGUGGAAUCGGGCGAGAUAACAAUUCAGCAAAAGUACGACAAAAUCAUACAGGACGCCGCGUUUUGGUAUUUAAUCCUUGCCAUGUCGACUGUAGUGUGCAUGAUUUUUACGUCCGUCUUCUUGGAUUUUAUGAAGGGGAACCUGACUUAUCCGGCAUGGGUGCCGUUCAAUUAUACGGCACCCGCUUUGUUUUGUCUCGUGUAUGUUCACCAAAACACAGCCGUAGCAAUNGAAGGGGAACCUGACUUAUCCGGCAUGGCCGUAGCAAUCGGCGCAACAGUGAAUGUCGCCUGCGAUAGUCUGAUAUGCGGAAUCUUGUUGCACGUAUGCUGCCAACUGGAGAUUCUGGAAUACCGGUUAAUGCAAAUUCCUCAGAAACAACAUAUCCUGUCUGAGUGUGUACGUCAUCACGACCGUAUAUUUGAGUACGCGUACAUGGUGAACGGCCACUUUAUGAAGAUAAUUGCUCUCCAGUUCGGAGUGAGCACAUUGAUAGUGUGCUCCAUUUUAGUUCAAUUGGCUAUGGCAACAAUCGAUGCGAAUAUCAUGCCAUUGAUAUUGUACACGGCCUGCAACUUAUCGCAAAUUUUUAUCUACUGUUGGUUUGGAAAUGAGAUCAAAAUAAAAAGUCUUCAAGUGGCGGAUAACAUAUACAAGAUGGAAUGGUUGGCACUAGACAACGGUAUUAAAAAAGGUCUUCUAUUAAUUAUGAAACGCUCGGUUUCUCCCAUUGAAUUUACUAGUGCGGCGGUCAUCAAAAUGAAUCUUGAAUCGUUUGUAUCUGUACUUAAAACUUCAUAUUCGUUUUUCAACGUACUUAAACAAGCGAAUGAGUGA